UUCAGAAUUGUUUUACAAGAAUGUGAAUAGAGGAGAAGGUGUAAAUAUGGAAUAUAGUCUAAAAUACGUAAUACCAAGCAAGUCGUUAUUUAAGCGUCCUUUUUUUAAUUGCAUGAUUUUAUUUAAAUAUUCUGUACGUUGGCAGUCUACAUGAACUAAAGUUUAAGAUGCCGCUGUAUUUGCUUAAGUUUUUGUUUUGAUAGAUUAGAUAUAACCUCAAAUAUUGAAAACGUAUAGUGUCGGUAAUAUGGAAUACUG